AGACUUCGUCCAAAGUCCAACUCAAACAGCUGUAGGCUGUAGCCGAGUAGCCGUAGCAAAAAAUUCUGAUUAUUUUAUUAGUAAUAUUAUUAUUUAUUUGUAUCACGUUAUGUAAAUAUAAUUACUAUUAAAAGAAGGGCUUUUCAAAAUGUCGAACAACGGUUCUUACAGUAACAACCGUCCAUCUUCUGGUCUCGGAGGAAAUGAUAUUGAAUAUCCAAGCGAUCCAGCUUCUGGAAGCUUCUUCGUACUACAUGAUUAUAAAAAACAUGAAGAUUUGAAGCAGAUGCUGGAUAUGAAUAAAGACAGUGUCAAAUUAGAGGCCAUGAAAAGGAUCAUAGGGAUGGUUGCAAAAGGCAGAGAUACUUCAAACUUGUUCCCAGCGGUUGUCAAAAACGUAGUAUCGAAAAAUAUCGAAGUGAAGAAACUGGUCUACGUCUACUUGGUGCGUUAUGCUGAGGAACAACAGGAUUUGGCCUUACUCUCCAUAUCCACGUUCCAACGUGCCCUCAAGGAUCCGAAUCAGCUGAUCCGCGCCAGCGCACUGCGAGUGUUGUCGAGUAUCCGCGUGAGUGUGAUUGUGCCGAUCGUGAUGCUGGCCAUCAGAGACUCGGCCUCCGACAUGUCGCCCUAUGUGCGCAAAACCGCCGCGCAUGCCAUCCCGAAACUGCACAGUCUGGACCCGGAGCAGAAGGACGAGCUGGUGCUGGUGAUCGAGAAGCUUUUGUCGGAUAGGACGACGCUGGUGGUGGGCUCGGCGGUGAUGGCGUUCGAGGAGGUGUGCCCGGAACGCAUCGACCUCGUGCACCGGCACUUCCGCAAACUGUGCAACCUGCUGGUCGACGUCGACGAGUGGGGACAGGUGCUCAUCAUCAACAUGCUCACGCGGUAUGCGCGCACCCAGUUUGCCGAUCCCAAUCUACAGGUCAGUCUCAAAACGGUAGUUUUAAAACUGUCACAUUGUGUUGUGAUGAGCGUGUGUCGGCUGUACCACCACCUGGCGCCUCGCUCCGAAGUUGGCAUCGUGACAAAAUCGCUGAUUCGACUUCUGCGCUCACACCGCGAGGUGCAGUCAGUAGUGCUCAACUGCAUCGCCUCCAUGUCGCUGUCUCGCAAGGGCCUCUUCAAGCCUUACCUAAAGAGUUUCUUUGUGAGAAGCAGCGACCCCACCCACAUCAAGCUGCUGAAACUGGAGAUACUCACUAAUCUGGCAACUGAAACUAGUAUAUCGUUUGUGCUGCGCGAGUUCCAGACGUAUGUUUCGAGUACGGACAAGGAGUUCGUGGCGGCGACGAUCCAGGCGAUCGGACGGUGCGCGGCGAACAUUCGCGAGGUGACCGACAACUGCCUGGACGGCUUGGUGGCCAUGCUGUCAGGCCGCGACGAGGCUGUGGUGGCCGAAAGUGUGGUGGUCAUCAGGAAGCUGCUGCAGUCGCAACCGGCCCGCCACAAGGAUAUUGUUGGUCGCACGGCCAGGCUGCUCGCCACAGUCACUGUGCCGCAGGCGCGUGCCUCCAUACUCUGGCUGCUGGGGGAGUACUGUCGACUCGUACCCAACAUUGCACCCGACGUGUUGCGUAGUAUCGCGAAAACCUUCACCACCGAGGAAGAUAUCGUCAAACUCCAGGCGUUGAAUUUGGCUGUUAAACUGUAUCUAACCAACCCAGAACAAACAACACUUCUCUGUCAGUAUAUCUUCAGUCUGGCUCGCUAUGACCAAAACUACGACAUCCGUGAUCGAUCAAGGUUUCUGAGACAGUUUGUGUUCCCCAUCACCAACGAUUCCAGUCUCUCCAAGCAUGCCGUCAAUAUAUUCCUAGCUUCAAAACCAGCUCCGCUACUCAAAUCAAAAUUCAAGGACCGGGAACGUUUUCAGUUGGGUUCCUUGUCGCAUUACAUCGACACGCGGGCGGCAGGCUACCACGAUUUGCCGGACUUCCCGGAAAUACCGCCUGAUCCGACAGUUCGUGAUGUUCCCGAGGCUCCCGUCGCCGUCGAGGCGGUCACUGUGUCACAGAAGUCCGGGCAGGGAUCGUCGCGCAAGAAGAAGAAGUCGUUCUACUCGGACAGUGACAGCACGGCGCAGGAGGACAACGAUGAUGACGAUGAUGAAGAGUCGUCGUCAUCUGAAGAGGAGGAGUCCAGCUCUGACGCUCCAACUGAUGACGAUGAUGAUGCUGCAUCUGACGUCACACCGACGCCCAACACCGACGCUAAACGCAAAGAAUACAAAAACUACGGAGAAACUAAGGACGAAGACGAGGAAAGCAGUGAUGAAUCGUCGUCGUCUUCCUCCGAUGAAGACAGCUCCAGUGAAGAAUCAUCUUCCGAGGAAUCAACUCCGACGCCCAAACCAACUCCCAAACAAAAGCCGGCAGCCAAGCAGCAGCAGCAGCAGAAGACAGAGAGGUCGAACUUGGACUUGUUGCUGGAUCUGGACGACACUGUGCCGUCUAUUAGCACGCCGGUGAUGACGCCUUCGCUGGGCGGCUUCCUGACACCACUGGUGGCCAGUGGGGCCCCUCCAGUGCCAGUGGCGGCCAGUGGCAUCACCAGUGUCGCCCCCCUGCUCCUCCCCGCCAGGAACGUAGAAGUGCUCAAUCGUAUCACGGGCUCAGGUUUACAGGUGAAAGCCCGUUUCACACGGUGUCCGCACCUCUACUCGCCAACGAUGACUUCGGUGGAGCUGACGUUCACCAAUCAGGGCACAGAGCCACUCAACAACAUCCACAUGACUGACUCGGGUGCAUGCGCCAUCCAGCUGCACGACUUUGCGCCAAUCACAGCGCUCGCUCCCGGCGCAUGUGCAGUGGGAACUGUGGGCAUCGCCUGGAACGACAGCACGCAGCCGGCUCAGUUGCCUCUCGGCUGGCAAGAGGGUAGUGUCACCGUGCAGCUGCGAGCGGCUGUCGGCGAGCUGCUUGCACCGGUCACUAUGCCAGAGACCAUGUUUGUCAGCGAGCAGGCCAAACUGAAAGGUAUGAAUGAGCAUUCAGCAAAACUAUCGAAGACGAUGGACUCGAGAAAAGUUACUAUGAGCAUCCUGGAAGCGGCCAACUUGGGAUCUACACCGUCUUCUUCGCCUGAUACUCUGAGGUUCAGUGCGCAAACGAUGUCUUCGAAAUCACUAGUGCUUGUCACGAUUGUGAUUGCUGUCGAUUCUAUUGAGCUGGUAGUCAAUUGCGAGAAGAUGGUGAUUGGUUCUAUGCUGCUCAACGAACUCAAAUCGGCUCUACAAGCUUAGAAAGUUGUCAACUAAUGAGUCUCAUAACUAAUAUCUGCUUCCUCGAGGUUCAUCUCAGGGACCUUGGAUACUUUAAGUUCCAUCCAAGUCCAAACGAAGCUUCAGUGGUUCAACUCUGAAUGUAACUCAUUUUAAUAAAUCCAACCACAGUUUUAUUAUCGAUAAUUCAUAGUUAAUCAUCAAUUAGGUUAAACUUGGGUUAUCAUAAAUCCUGAAUUGAUUUAAAGUUGAGUUGCUAUUAGGCCUCAGUAAAGUUUCAUCUUAGUAAAGCUGAUAUCUCUGUAGCGUAGCUUGAAAUACGUCUCCGGGAGACAUACCCCCACCUAAUGUUGAAUCUAUGCUACGCCGGUUUCAUUGAUAAACAUUAGGAGAUACGUCGGCUAGGUCUUUCAAACUACGCUAUGGCGGUGUGAGAUGACCGUAAGAUUGCAGUUUCUAAAACUGAAAUGUCUAAGAAAAAUAUCUUGUAAGCUGUGUAUUCUCAGCUAGUUGAUCUGAGAAGUGGUUCAUGUCAUUUAUUGGAUCAAGCAUUACAAUGAUGGAAUGACAAUUUUCCGACCACUUGCUGCUAAAACUUCAGUUGGAAUUAAAUCAGAGGGUAAUGCUUCUCCAAUUAUUUUUGAGGAUAUUUUUAUAUUGCAUUAUUAUUUAAUUGUAAACUUGCCUAUGAUAUUAGUUAUAAGCGCUUUAAUUUUGUUUCAAAUUGUGCCUGUAUAACACCACUUACUAUAGGACCUGUUGCUAUAGCUCUUUACAACAUAGAAUUGCAAUGAGAUAUUGUCUAUUAUUGUGAUAACUUUUGAGAUACGGAUAAUUUCAUUAGAAAUCUCCAGUGAACUCUCUAGAGUGGAACAAUGUACUUAAAUCUAGAGUUCACUGGGAAUCUCUGAAACGCUAUUCAAUAAAACUGUUGAAUUAUGCAUAUUUUGGAAAAAUGGAGUUCAAUGAAUAUAAUUAAAAUUACUCGAACUCCUCAAAUCAAGUUAAAUAGAAGAAAUCCUAUCUUUAUCAAAUCACAAUAUUCAUGAUAAUCAUGAUGUUCCAUUUCACCAUACAAACUGCUAAUAUUAUUCAAAGUGAUUUAAUCUAGAUUUCAACUAAAUGUCCAUGAUAAAAAUAUCACCGUAUAGAUAUUUAUCAUGAUUAGUAGCCUAUUGGAUGAAAGCUGUCCGAGUCUUCUUACAACUUCUUAUAAAUGUAGCUUAUAACUUAUGUGUUGCUCUCAAAGAACUUUUAUAUAUUUUUUAUUGAACUUAUCAUUGUUUCGAAACCUUUCCAAUAUCUACAUUCCAAAAAUGUAAGGUUUGUGCUUGUAACUACAGAGUUGCAUCCUCUAAAGGUACAUUUUCUUAUUCUACUUAUAAUUGUUUUCUAAAUGUAAGAGUGGUUUUCAAAUGGUUGAACAAUAAGCAGUAAUUCAUCUGCUAAAUUAUCAUUAAAGACGUUCCAAAACUUUACGGUUACUAUUUGUAACUACAAAUUUCUCAAUCUUUACUAUCAUGUAACUUCUUAAUCUAAGCCAUUUGCGUAGUAGGUACUUGUAUCACUAUAACGUUUUAAUGUGGUGGCCCAUAUUUUCAUCAAGAACAGAGUAAUACAUUCCUCUCACAUAAACAAUAUAGUGAAAUUUAAUGAAAUGAAUCGAAAAUGCAAAUAAUGGAAUUGAACAGAAAAUAGCUGUGAAUUUUUUCGCUAACUUAUUAUAUUGGACUACCUGAGAAGA